AUGCGUCUCCGGACCGCCGACGAUUUCCCGAACCUUCUUUAUAUCGCAGCAAUUGUGAGUGAAAUUUUCCGAUGGCGCCAUCCUAGUCCUGGUGGUCUACACCAUGCCAGCGGGGAAGACGACGUUUAUCGGGGGUUCUGGAUCCCCAAGGACACUGCUGUUGUGGCAACCCACUUCGCCUUGGAUACGGACGAGACCAUCUUCGAGCGUCCCUUUGACUUUGACCCCGAUCGGUGGAUACCACUUUUGGGUUCGGUCGGCGGGCUUGCCCCGGGUCUAUACGUUGGUCGGAACUCCGUAACCAUGGCAAUAACGCGAUUGCUUUGGGGCUACGCGUUUGAAGACGGCAAGAGACUAGACUUUCCCCCUUGGGAUCUCACUCAGGGCAUUGGGGUGCGUCCGAGCCCAUUCAAGGCCUCCUUUCGCGUGCGGGAUCAAAAACGACAGGAUAUCAUCAAGAAGGCCUGGAUCGGCGCGGAAAAGGAUACCGACGUGCUUCUUCGGCAAGCUGGUUCCAGUUUUACUGGUUAG